AUGCCGUCAAAACAAGCCGGAUUCCAUCGUGUGCUUGAUGGACUUGCCAAGCGCCAGCUUCAGCACGAUUUUCAGCUAGAACGAGCUGCUGAAACUUACGAGCCAGUGCGAAACAUUGGCUCUGGCGCGUUUGGAAUUGUGUGCGAGGCUAUUGAAACAUCGAGUAAAGACAAAGUAGCCAUUAAGAAGAUUGGACAUGCAUCAGCAACUCCAACGUUGGCGAGAAGAACCCUUCGAGAGAUUCGUGUACUACGAUUCAUUGAUCAUCCGAAUAUCGUGAACCUUCGCGAUAUUUUCAGAACAAAGGGACCAUUAGGGACAGAUGUCUACUUGGUAAUGGACCUCAUGGAAGGCAACUUGCAUCACUUGAUUUAUGGCGAACCAGAACCGCUUGAUGAAAAUCUCAUCGUUGAUUUUCUCGUGCAACUUCUUCGGGGCCUACAGUACUUGCACGCAGCCAGCAUCGCUCAUCGUGAUUUGAAACCUUCCAAUUUACUAGUGAAUAGCGAUGGUGUCUUGAGGAUAGCUGAUUUUGGAAUGGCGAAAUUGGCUGAAGUUGAAAGAAGAACUGAUGAUCCAGAUGAACACUGUUUUUAUAUGACUCAACAUGUCGCAACUCUUCCAUAUAGAGCUCCAGAACUGCUGUUUGUAAUGCCAGAACAUUCGACUGCCGUCGACAUGUGGGCUGUUGGUUGCAUUUUUGCUGAAAUGGUCUUGAAACGGGAGCUAUUCGGAGGACGCAGUGUCCAAAACCAAAUCAAAUUUUUGUUGCAAGUGUUUGGAAGACCAUCUCAAAAGAUCAUCGACAAAAUCCGAUGUGAUCGCACAAAGAAGCUUAUUGAAGAUUUUUCAUUAGAAGUUGAUUUGACUUGGGAGGAAUUGUUGUUCUGCAAAACACGAGGAAAUAAUCAAAUUUUCUUCGAUUGCUGUGAAGCGGUUGAUUUCAUCAAGAAGCUUUUGCGUGUCGAUGCUUUUGAACGAAUGAAAGUUAAUGAGGCUGUCACACAUCCGUACAUCAAGCGUUUCUACACAGAAAAUACUAAACAGCCCACUUGCCCAUUUAAGGUGAAGCGAGAUAUGGCGAUGGUUGAGAAUUUGGAUCACGAGCAACUUUCCGAAGUUCUUUGCAAUGAUGUUAAGUCGGCUGAGAAUCAUUAUCAAGAAUUCAACACCACAGGUUCGACUGGUUCAGACCACUCGGCGGAGACGAGCAGUUGCGAAAGCAACUCAUUUCCCCAGCUUGAUAUGCAAGAUGUUGCCAUCCAGCUAUCGUCAAUUAGCGACUUCCGGGAAAUGUCAUCGUGA